AUGGAAAAGAUACAGCUGAAAUUGGUGAUUCUGGUGAUUUUUAAACUAAUUUACAUAUCUUCAGCUAACGUGACAAAUGUUUUAGUACUGUUACCUGGAAAAAGAGGAAAUUUUUAUUUCCCAUUUGGAAUGGAACGUGCCGGAGCUGCAGUGAGUCUUGCCGUGGAUGACGUUAAGAACGAAGGACUAUUGCCAAACCAUAAUCUGACCAUACAAUACGAGGAUACUCAAUGUAAUGAUGUCUAUGGACUGGGUAAAACGAGUGAUUUGCUAGCACAGACAAGAUACCACGUGAUAAUUGGACCACAGUGCUCAGGAGUAUGUAGCCACGUAUGCCGGUUGGCCGCCUACUACAAUAUACCGUGUUUCUCUGGAGUUUGUCAAGACACUGAGAUGCUUAACAAAAAUACCUUUAAGACGUUGACAAGAUUUCUUGGAACAUUUGACAAGGUUGGUCUCGCUACGACAGGAUUGAUGGAUGCGUUUGGAUGGAAGCGCUUCAGUGUCAUAAGUCAGUAUCAUGUAGACAAGAUUUGGAUGCUGACCCGUGACGCCAUAGAUGAAAUAGCAACGAAAAAGAAUAUGACGAUUGCAGCAGUCCAUACAUAUGGCUCAGAGGGUGAACAAUCAUUACCGGAAAUAGUGAAAAAUGUUGCUGCAGAAUCAAGAAUUAUCGUUUUGGCGGUGAGAGGUGAAACUCUGCGGGAAGUAAUGCUCUUGGCACAUGAAAUGGGAAUGACCAAUGGAGAUUACCAAUUCAUUUGUAUAUAUUACUACUCUCAACGAAAUGUAUUUGGCGAUAUAUCUUGGAAAAUGAAUAACAGUGACGAUAAUAUUGCUAAAGAGGCUUACAAAAAUAUAAUUUUUGUGUCUUACUACACUCCGAGAACGUAUGAAUACGCACAGUUUAUAGAAAAAGUCAAACAGAGAUCCCAUGACAUAUUCAAUUAUACAUAUGCGGUGGACGAAGAAGUACCCUACCCUGCUGCAAAUUUAUACGAAGCAAUGUAUGGAUUUGUUCUUUCUUUGAACCUAUCACUUAGUAAUAACACGGAUAUACAUGAUGGAGAAACCAUAGCUCAUCGUCUUUGGGGAAACCAGUACCAGACUAUUACUGGAAAUAUAUCGCUGAAUAGCAACGGUGACAGACAACAAGGUUACAAGUUUGAGCAAAUUGGUGACGACGACAACUUUACUUUAACAGUAGUGGGAUAUUACUUCAGCGACAAAGGACAAUUUACGGAAAAUGAUGAAGAUCCGAUAAAAUGGAUCAGUUCGGAUCCUCCAAAGGACCACCCAUACUGUGGUUUUAAUGGUGAAUACUGUGCUAAAGGAUUAUCCCAACAGUCAAUCAUUCAAAUUAUCACUGGUUGCUUCAUUGCUGUUGUGCUGCUGAUUAUCUGCUUAAGUGUCAUCAUACAGAAAGUUGUAGCUAGGAAAAUAAAAACAAAAGAAAGUGAAAGUAUAUGGAGAAUUAAAAGGUCUGAGUUGUCCAUAACCGAACGGUCUAUGUGGUCAAUGUCGAGGGUAUCAAUUCGAUCAGACCCGUCCGAGGAAACGGUAGAUACCAGAAUGACAAAAACUGCAUACUACAAGGGUUCACUUGUAUCCAUUAGAUCGUACACAAAGAUGCAAUCAGAUAAAAUGCCGAAUUUUAAGGAAUUGCGCCAGAUGAGAGAGCUGGAUCAUAAUAAUAUCGUAAAGACGGUUGGCUUUGUAAUAGACCCACCAGAGCUGUUAUACGUAUCAGAGUUUUGUUCUAAAGGAAGUCUGAUGGAUAUUCUGGAGAACGAGGACAUAAAUUUGGAUUGGGACUUCAAGUACUGUCUUAUGUGGGACAUUCUAGAGGGGUUAGAAUACUUAUCCAGAAGUUGUUUACGCUAUCAUGGAAAUCUUAAAAGUUCAAAUUGUUUAGUGGACGGUCGGUUUGUUUUAAAGCUAGGUGAUUAUGGACCACGCGAAUGGCUAAAAUACAAGGACUUAUCAGAUAGAGACAGACUAUGGUCAGCACCAGAGAUAAUAAAAGGGUUUCAUCUUUUAACUCAAGCUGCUAAUCAAGCCGCAGAUAUAUAUUCUGUUGGAAUUAUACUUCAUGAGAUUUUACAUCGUAAUGGACCAUUCGGAGUUGAAUGCUUGGACAUGUCAACAUAUGAAAUGGUUGAUAAAGUUAAGAUCGAUACCAUUCCUCCAUUCAGACCUGUAUUUGACCCAUCCCUUUGUCCUCAGAAAUUGAAGACUAUUAUUGAAAGUUGUUGGGCAUCAAAUCCUUUCGAACGGCCAUUGCUGAAGGAUGUAUCAAAAGCAAUCAAUUCUAUUACAGGCUCAAAGUUAAAAGCAAAAAACCUUUUAGAUAAUUUACUCAAACGAAUGGAACUAUAUGCGAAUAAUUUAGAAGGGAUAGUAGAAGAAAGAACAACAAAAUACCUCCAAGAGAAACAGAAGGCAGAGAAUCUCCUAUAUAGACUUCUGCCUCAAUCAAUAGCACACCAGAUACAAGUACAGGGUACAGCUGAUCCAGAAUCAUUUGACAAUGUGACAAUAUUGUUCACUGAUAUUGUACAGUUCACAACUUUAUCAGCAGAAUCAUCACCAAUGCAGAUAAUUGACAUGCUGAACUCAUUAUACUCAGGCUUUGAUGAAAUAAUCAACGAAUUUGAUGUUUAUAAGGUUGAAACAAUAGGUGAUGCUUAUAUGUGUGUUUCUGGACUACCACAAAGAAAUACUUACCACUAUUUUGAAGUCUCGAAAAUGAUUAUGUCUAUAAUGAGAUAUGUUAGCACAUAUGAAAUCAAACAUAAACCUGGACGAAAGCUUCAGAUGAGAGCAGGUGUACAUUCAGGAUCCUGCGUUGCCGGUGUAAUUGGUGUAAAGAUGCCUCGUUAUUGUCUCUUUGGAGACACUGUAAAUACAGCUGCAAGGAUGGAAAGUUCAGGAGAAGCUUCAAAGAUACAGAUAAGUGGUGCAACAGCUGCGCUCCUAAAAACGGACCCAUCCUAUACAGUAUUACCUAGAGGAGAAAUUCUUGUCAAGGGCAAAGGCAUUAUGAUGACCUACUGGUUGGAAUGGGAGACAAAUAUUUGAAAUAUUACAAAGAGAAUACCUUAUGAUUUUGAAACAUCACGCCAAUGUCAUGGUUUGAAUCUAUUGGAGAGGUCGAUGACAAAACAGCGAUUUUUGUUUUCCAUAGAGUAACUAAUAAUAUCAUGAAAACUAUUAACAAAUUGCUGUAGUGCCUGAAUAGCGAACAUUGAAAAAAAACAAUGUCAAACCAAAUCAUAUAAUAUGCCUGGAUAAAUCUGUACCAUGUAAUAUGAGAAGUGCAUAAACUUGCAGACAAUCAAAUGUCUCGUUAAAAGCAAAUUGCUCCAGUGGUAGGUACAACAACAAUUUAUGUUAAACAGCUCGAUUAGAAUAUAAACCAUGUUCCUCUUU